GGAAGUUGUGAACAAAACUCAGAAGAAACGAAAGUGAAAAAAAAUGUUGCUCAGCAGCUUCUCGUAGGCUAGUGUUUGUUAGCACGUAAGGGAAAUGGCAGAGGCGAUUUCAAGUAACGAAGACAUUUUAAUGUGCUCGGUUUGUUUGGAUCUACUGAAGGAUCCAGUGACUAUUCUCUGUGGACACAAUUACUGUACGGGCUGCAUUAAGGGCUGCUGGGAUCAGGAAGACCAGAAGGGAGUUUACAGCUGCCCACAAUGCAGACAGACAUUCGCUCCAAGACCCGUUUUAAACAAAAAUAAUGUUAUUGCAGAGCUAGUGGAACAACUAAGGAAGACCAGAAUGCACGCUGCCCCUCCUGCUCUAUCUACUGCUGGACCUGGAGAUGUGGAGUGUGAUGUCUGCGCUGGGAGAAAACUCAAAGCUGCAAAGUCCUGUUUGGAUUGUCUGUUGUCUUACUGUGAAACCCACUUCAAAGUUCAUAAUGAUAUUCACCCAGGAAGAAAACACUCAGUGAUUGAUGCCACAGGCCAGUUACAGGAGAGGAUCUGCUCUGAACAUAAGAAAGUUUUAGAAAUAUUUUGUCGUACUGAUCAGAGUUGUAUCUGCUACCUGUGCACGAUGGACGAACAUAAAGGCCAUGACACAGUCACAGCUGCUGCAGAAUGGAAAAACAAACAGAAGCAGUUGGGGCAGACCCAGAGGAGAUUCCAGCAGAGAAUCCAGGAGAGAGAGAAGGAGCUGCAGGAGCUGAGGAAGGCUGUGGAGACUCUCAAGAAAAUCUUCUACACCUUAAAAGGACAUGCUCACAUCUUCUCUCUCUCCACAAACCUCACAAUUCCCAGUUGGAUGUUUCUUAAUGAUAAAUAAAUUGCUGUUUAAACCUGUGUGACCUAUUCGUAAUCUGUUAAACCAAACCUCCUCCUGUCUAUUUGUGUAACUAUUCCUUUUCCUUGAUAUUUCUUGUUUCAAUUUGUAUAAAUGUCUACCCCUUCUCUCCUUAUCCCACUCAGAUUGCCACAUUGCA